AUGACGGCCUUCAAUCUCUUCCGUCUCUGUACAACACUCCUCUCGCUGCUUCUUGUCGAUGCACACCGCCAUGAGAAGCAGCUCGUCGGUGCCACGGUCAACACCACCAGCGGUCUCAUCGUUGGCCAUGCUUCCUACAACCGAUCCCAAGUCUCCGAAUACCUUGGCAUACCUUAUGCCCAGCCACCCUUGGGCUCGCUUCGUUUCGCCGCACCCAAGAAGUUCAAGUCUACACAACUCCUCAACGCGUCCGCCUCCUCUCCAGAUUGUCCGGCAAACAUUGGUCCACCGUCAACUUAUCCUGGCUUGACCACUACUGGCCGUCGGGUGUACAUGAACUUCGUCGAUCAAGUCAACAACUCUCAGAGCGAAGAUUGCUUGACCCUCAACAUCUGGACCAAAGCUUCCAGCAACUCGAGCUCGAAGCCAGUACUGCUGUGGAUUCAUGGUGGCAGGUACACUAUUCCUGGUUCAAACAGUCUGUUCUAUCGAGGCGAAUAUCUUGCCGAUCAGGAAGAUGUCAUCAUUGUCACCAUCAACCAGCGCGUCAACAUCUUCGGCUAUCCAGGAGCGCCCGGUGAGACUCAAAACUGGGUUCGCGACAACAUCAAGGGCUUCGGAGGCGAUCCGCACCGCAUCACCAUCUUCGGCCAGAGCGCCGGUGGUUCUGCUGUCGACUUCUACUCCUAUGCAUGGAAGAAGGAUCCCAUUGUCGCUGGACUGGUUUCGCAAUCUGGAACGGCCCUCAGCUUCGCUCUCAACACGCCCGACAUGUCUGCCAAGUAUUGGUAUACGGCCGCAUCUUUUCUCGGUUGCGGCAGCUCUGGCGAUGUGAUGUCUUUCUUCCAUCCCACUGUCGACAAUAACACUGUCUUUCCAGACUACGCUUCCCUCUCUGCCAAGGGAGAGUUUGCAAACAUACCAUACCUUGCCGGCAACACCGACUAUGAAGCAGGCUUCUACAAGCUCGCUGCUUGGGCGACGAACAGAACAUUGACAUCUGCGCAAUGGGUAGACUUCAUUCUUGCUGGCUUCACCUGCCCAACGGGUACAGAAACUGCAAAUCGAGCAAAGUACGGUGUCCCUUCCUGGCGCUACCGUAAUUUCGGAGAGUGGGACAAUCUGCGAUUGUAUCCUGAUAGCAGAGCUUAUCAUGGUACGGACAUCACUAUGAUCUUCGGUACUGCUGAGGAUGUCAGCGGCGUGCCCAACUCACCUGCUGAAAACGAAGUGUCACGGUACAUGAUGAGAGCUUGGGCUGCAUUUGCUCGUGAUCCUUCGCAAGGACUGAGUGAAAUUGGCUGGCCAGAGUAUAGCUCUGACAAGCCGACUCUGGCGAGACUUGCAUACAACAAUCAGACUGCACCCUCCUUCGUUGACCCGUCGAUGUAUGAUGCGGAAUGUCUUGCGAUGAAUGAUCCAAGUCUUGCUAAAGGUGCCUUUUGA